CCAGCCGGGCGCGGUUUUAGUUUUCUCUAAGCCUAGGCCCAGCCGUGGGCCAUGGCCUCAGCCCUUGGAUAGAUAAGGCUUGUUUAGGCAUUUAAACGUUGACACCUGCCUGCUGUUGUUUGAUUCCCUGCAGUCUGACAGAUUCACCAACUACGGAGGAGAAGGCCCAGCUUCCUUGUGCUGUGUGUAAAUGAGGCUUCCAUCAACACGCGCGCGUGCGCGCGCGCGCGCGCGCACACACACACACACACACACACACACUGCAAAGGGACCAGCCCUGCCCCCAGUUCCAUACCCAUGGCCACGUCCCCCUUCCCCGCCCCUCAGCCUCGCACCCAGGUUCACACCUGGGCUAAUUUCAUUUCUCACUUUUCGGGUUUGCAGAUGCCUCCCCAGCGGAAUCAAAAUGACAGAUUUAUGCCACACUGUGGGUUUGGAACAGAACACACCCACUUGAGCAACACUUAGAAUUUCUGUUUCUCCCUGUCCUCAGCUACUUCUUGGAAGGGCAGAUGGAGAGAAAAAGAUUGUUUUUUUUUUUUUCCUUGGGAAAUUGGCAGAGGCACGCUGAGUAAAUCAGCUACAGCUGUUCUCCACACCUGGAUAAAUUUUUAAUCAGAGCUUAAGGCACCCUCCCUCCAGAACGGGUGGUCUGUGGUGCCGAUGGUGUAGUCUAUCCCGGGGCAGCGCUCUCUGGGACCUGGAGAGCGGAGAGUUUAUUUCCAUCACAUUUCAGCUGCCAAACUCUCCUUUAAAUGAUGGAUGAAAAUUAUAAUCUCUUGCCUCACGGAGUCAAUUUCCAAGAUGCCAUCUUCCCAGACACUCAAGAGAACAGAAGGAUGUUUUCUAGCCUUUUCCAGUUUUCAAACUGUUCCCAAGGACAGCAGCUGGCGACUUUCUCCAGUGACUGGGAAAUCCAGGAGGACAAUAGGCUCCUGUGCUCCUCCGUGCAGAAGGCCCUGUUCGAGGAGGAGGACCAUGUGAAGAAACUGCAGCAGAAAGUGGCCACCCUGGAGAAGCGCAACCGGCAGCUCCGGGAGCGGGUGAAGAAGGUCAAGAGGUCCUUGCGGCAGGCGCGCAAGAAGGGCCGCCACCUGGAGCUGGCGAACCAGAAACUCAGCGAGAAGCUGGCUGUGGGCGCGCUGCCGCACAUCAACGCCCCAGGGCCUGUGCGCGCGCCCUACCUGCGGGGUUAACGGGACGGGGGCUGCUGGGUGUGCAGGGCCAAUCCUGGCGGCAGUGGAGGAUGAGUGAGGUUUUGUACAUGCAUCUGUUUCAAGCGUUGUAGGAGUUUUCGUUUUAAAUCACGCAUUUGGUAGAGUCUAAAUGGAUAAAAUGCAAGUCUUGCUUUCCCCUUGGGUGCUGCUCCUUCCUGGCCUGACCCCAGACGCAGUGCGUGGAAGUCCAGAGGCAGCGGGACCCCUGAGUGCUGUGUGCUUGCUUGCCUGCAAGUGGCCAGGAAAGAGCCCUGAUGGGGAGAGAACAUUUUAGAAUCUCUAAUGUAAAAGACAUCAAGGGGCUUAGCCUUUCUUUCAGAAGAAAAUCAGGGUGGUCCUCAGCUCACCAGUCCAGGUCAACCAUAAGUCCUGAUGAGUGAGCUGAGCUAGUGCUGGAACCUGCUGGUGCUUCACUGUCCAUAUCUUUGGAAGGGAUUUGUGGCCUUGCAAAGCACCCAAGAUGCCUGAAAAUCAACACGCGUAGGGCCUCCCUAUCCAGCCAGCAUUUCCCUUCCAGCUGAGGCAGGUAAAGACUUAAUGAACUCAUCACAGGGGAGGGAAUUGAGGAGCAGGGCAGCUGGUAAUUAAACAGAUAAAUUACACCUGAUUUCCAACACCAGCUACGAAGGAUUGAAGACGUUACCUAUGGGUCGGGUUAACACGGGGCAAUUGCCUCGAUCAGCCUGUUGUGGGUCAUCAAACUGCUUCCUAAAUAGAAGGAACCUGAGCAGUAUCUCAGCCACUGCUAUGUUCUCACUCCGUGUUUGCUCAGUAAUUAUAUCCAAUGUCUCUGAAUUCAAAGUGAGGUGCCCCAAGAUGCUCUGAACUUCUGCAAAGACACCUCCUUACCUAUUGGGAUCAUGUGACCUGACCUCACUCCCAGCCAGGCUCCCAAAGGGGCCGUUCCAGGAUUCCAGUCUCUUCCUCUUUAUGCAAACAACCCCCGCUCCCCGCCCCAGCAACAAGUCUUGUUUAUUCGAUAGGAAUCUUUGUUCAUCCUAGCACUUGUCCUGACGUCAAUUCCUUACCCACCAAAGCACUUCACCUUUCUGGAAAGAAAACUUUGAAGACAGUACUAUAAGUAAAAAUGAGACUAUUCACUAUACUUACGGCUCAGGCACCUUUGAGCGGGUCCCAGCUGUGUGAUUCGGAAGUCAACUGAGUGGCCUUCUCUUGGUUAUCUUUUGAUCAUGGCCUUUUAAUCCAACAAGAGCCCUUCCCCACUGUUCCAGCAGUAAAGGCUCCUGGCCCCUUAAUCAGGAUCCGCCCCCCAGAGACCACCCAGACACGACAGGGUCUGGUGAUGCUGUCUGCUGCAGUGGAAAUGGCACUCACUGUCACAUUUCCACCCUCCCGCCUUUAAAAAAGCUGGGUGCUUCUUGUACUAGCAGCCAGUCUGGGGAGAUGCAUCUUCUUUUUUAUUUUUUGAAGUGGAGUUUUGCUCUUGUUGCCCAGACUGGAGUGCAAUGGCGUGAUCUCGACUCACCCCAACCUCUGCCUCCUGAAUUCAAGCGAUUCCUCUGCCUCAGCCUCCCGAGUAGCGGGGAUUACAGGUGUGUGCCAUCAUGCCCAGCUAAUUUUGUAUUUUUUUUAGUAGAGAUGGGGUUUCACCAUGUUGGUCGGCUGGUCUCAACCUCUCGACCUCAGGUGAUCUGCCUGCCUUGGCCUCCCAAAGUGCUAGGAUUACAGAUGUGUGCCUGGCCGGGGAGAUGAAUCUUAUGUCGCUUGAGUCUUGGUGGCAGGCUGCUGUCCAAGGAGAAGAAGUGUCUGCUCUGGACUAGACAGAUUGGAGACUUUUACCUGAGGCACUCACACGGCCAAGCUCUGUCAUCACUUCGUCAGCUGUGUUCUCCAUAGUGUGGUGCAAUAGCAGGUGCGUCUUCCAGUUUCUUCCUCCUGGGGGCAUUUCCAUAAAGCAGGUUUGCUCCCCAGCAAGGGAUUGGCCAGCCUAAGGGUGAUGUACAGCCCGUGCUUGGAGAACCGUGGAAGCUGCACCCUUUCAGGUGCUUUCUGUUCUGCUUUUCCAAUAAAUACAAACGGCGAUUUCAACCACAA